ACAUUUUUCCCAUGUACGAACUUAUUUACAAGUCGAGUGUUGUUGUCUCCAUGCAUAAUCAUGAUUGCGAUUCUGUUAUUGAGGAGUGGAUCCAGUAUCCAGCAAAGUGGACUUUGGCCUUUUUAUCGUCAAUAAAUAAAACCAGACCCAGCAAACCUACUGCUCAAUAAAGAAGCAAACCAUAUUUACCAAGUUCUACACACUCUUUAGUUUUCAGUCAGGCUUAAUAAUAUUAAAUAAAUAAAAGUGUGCAAAAGUUUCAGCCGUCUUGCUAGCCUGCACCAUCACAAGUAUUAUGACUAUUGCAAGGAACUAUGCUAUACAUACAUAUGCACUAUGAAUGAUACGUGGGUGAAUGAUUGAGAAGAUCUCACAUAAACCAAAUAAAACCAGUUUCAUUCUUUACAACUCUUCAAAAUGAACUCUUCACAACAACAUCCCCAACAAUAACAUUGUUAUAAUGAGACAAAUGCUUUGGUCGGGUUAAAAUCUCGUCUCCUCUCAGUCUGUAAAGAACCGACUGGAAGAACGGAAUUGUUUUUUGUUGCACAUUUUGUUUGGCUGGGUUAUUUCCAUUCAACAGCUAUAAAAUUUGCGCAUUCGUUAAAUAUCCCGUUCCAAGUUUGGCUUCGUUGUUAUUUAUGCAGUUAGUUGUGGUCGUAUCGUGUAUCGUGCAGCAUAAUCCAUACAUAUUUCUUUGUUGAGUGUAUAUUUUAGUGGAUUGGAUUGGAUUUGUGUUUGUAAAAAAUCCUUGAGAUCCCCUCUCUCACAACGCAGUCUGCUCUUCCUCAUGAUAAAAACAUGUGGAUUCCUUCAUCCUUUUUGUAGUGGAAGGAACUAUUUUUUAAUUAUAUUUGGACUUUCACUAUAAUUAAUUUACUAAAGAAAGUGUUUUCCUAUGUUGAGAUGAACAGUGGUGAAAUUGGGUAAUAAAAAAUUUGCCAAUUACAGGAAGAUUAGUAUCAAUGUAGUAUGAACGGGAAAUCAGUGAAUUUAGUAAUUGUACUGGAUUCCACACGAGGCUAAAAAAGAGAAAGCUGUGAAUCCAGGGAGUACAACGAAUUAAUUAGUAUCGAACAUCGUGGUUUAGUUUAGGUAUAGUUAGUUGGCAGUUUACCAAGCCGCACUUUUAGCGAAAAAGUGUAGUUUAUUUUAUUUUAUUGUAAAGUGAUUGUGAUCGUCAUUUUGUACUAGAUAAAAAAAUAUAUCAAGUUUAAAAAUUUGUAAAACUAGGACACCGUUUAAGGUAAUUGACAAUAAAAUAUCAUUAUUGACGCACUGAUUUUUUUCCGUCGUAAGUAUUUUUUGUUGCAUUGUGCAUUGAUGAUUUAUCUCCUGAGUGGUUUCCUCCAUCGUCAAAUUAAAUGACAAUAUUUACCUGGGUUCACUGUUAUCGAGUUCAUGUAUGUAUAAGAUACGCAAUGUUUGUUCAACUACCACCCACAAAAUAUUCAGUACAGUAAACCACACACGGAGAUAGAGGGACGUUAUUCUUGAUAAGACACGAAAUCAAAAGUUUCCACUAUAGCAAAAUUAGGUUGGAAUGCUUCAUGUAUUCAUACAUACAUAAUUUAUUCAUAUUAAAUAAAUAUUAAGCUGAGAUUCGUAUAAUCACAUUCAAAAUUCGUUAUAGAAUUUUGCAAUCUCAUAAACUGUAGAACCCUAUGUAUAUGUAUGUAGAUUAGAUUGAGCCAAACUAAAUAAACGAAAAUUAACCACGCUAUUAAAGUGUUAUCGAUCCCAAACAUUCAAUUUUUGCACGCAAACUCGUACGAAUUGUUUUAGUCAGUGAUUGAUAGAAAUGGACCAUGUGCCAGCACAUAACAUAACCGGUUAAUAAUAAGUGGCGAAAAAAUCGAUUUAUUGAUAUCUUCCGAAAUUGGUACAAAAAAUCCACUCCAUUGUCCUUCCUAUCUCUACAUAUAUAUCUUUUUUGCAUACAUAUACAUAUUAAUGUGUAACCUUUACUUUUGCAGGAAACGGAAGAAAGCUGAAUGACACGAACCGUUACCAAUUUUGCGACUCAUAAUCCUAACCUAUAUUCAUUCAUCAGCCGAAUAUUUUUUCAGAACGAUUUUUGCAACGAUCAGCGCAUCCCGUCAGGAGUCACAUGCCACUUGCCAUCUUCAAUCAGACGGAGGUCACAUAAAGCAAGGAACUGACGGUGGUCCACUUUACCAAAUCACUCUACCAGCACCAUUAUGUGAACUGAAGGAGUCUUGGAUACCCACAAAAUAAUAAGAGAGCAGCAGAAGAAGAAUGGGAGCUUGAUUAAAAGUUGGAUCAUAGAAUCCAACCUGAAUCUUCUUUUGCUGAAGAAAAGAAGGGAAAGCAAAACGCGGAGAAGAAUUGAAGCAGUCGGUCCAAUCCGGCGGAUAUAAAAGGGCAGUGAUUACCAGUGAUCUCCUCACAUUAGGGUUCGAACCACUUGUUGGCAACAAGAGGCUGUCAUCAAAGCACGGAUGCAAACUCGGUACAAACGACGACUCUCAAAUAAUAAGGUGCUUAUCCAAAAGUGAAAGUGUUCCCUGAAGAAAGUUUUUCAAUUCAAUCCGGCAAAAUGCGGGUCACCGGCGUUCUUCAAAAACUUGGAAAGAUGUUGGAUUUCUACUCGGGAUUUAAUCCUUCACCACUCAGCAUGAAACAAUUUCUGGAUUUUGGACAAAAAGCGGUGGAGAACAGAUCGUAUGUCUUUCUACGGAAGGAACUCCCCGUCCGCCUCGCCAACAUUAUGAAAGAAAUCAACCUUCUUCCAGAAAAAUUGCAGAGCAUGCCCUCUGUAGCUUUGGUGGAAAAAUGGUACGAAAUGAGCUUUGAAGAGAUACUGGAAUUUGAAAAUACACCCGAGAAUGACGCACAAACGCUCAAAAGGUUCUGCGAGACUUUGGUAAAAAUAAGGAACCGGCAUUUGGAUGUGGUGCAGACUAUGGCACAGGGUGUGGUUGAGUUGAAAGACUCCCACAGGGUGGAUUCUGCGAUGGAGUUAUCAAUUCAGUACUUCCUAGAUCGGUUUUACAUGUCCCGUAUUUCCAUCAGGAUGCUUAUUAAUCAGCACACUCUCUUAUUUGGAAAAGAGUCAAAUUCCAUUAGCCAUCGCCAUAUCGGAAGUAUUGAUCCCCACUGUAAAGUGAUUGACGUAAUUCACGACGCCUAUGAAAAUGCGCGUUUUCUGUGUGAGCAGUACUACCUCGUCGCCCCCAGUUUGGUUGUACGAGAACAUAACUCUAUUGCUAAUGGGGAACCUAUUAAAAUCGUUUACGUCCCCUCUCAUCUUUAUCACAUGGUAUUUGAAUUGUUCAAAAAUUCCUUAAGAGCUGUGGUCGAGUUUCACGGGACUGAACGCACUGUGUAUCCUCCAGUAGAAGCUAGGGUUGUUUUAGGCAAAGAAGAUAUUUCUAUUUCUAUAGCAGACCGGGGUGGAGGCAUCCCCCGAAGAAAUACAGACUUAUUGUUUCAAUACAUGUAUUCUACUGCACCCCAACCGCCCGCUGCUGAGAGUCAUUCAGCACCAUUAGCAGGUUACGGAUACGGUCUUCCAUUGUCUAGGCUUUACGCCAGAUACUUCCAGGGUGAUCUUAUUGUCACCUCUUUCGAGGGGUACGGGACUGACGCUAUAAUUUAUCUCAAGGCAUUAUCAAACGAGGCAAACGAAAAGUUACCAAUUUUCAACAAGACUAGUUCAAAACGAUACUCAAAUAGCGUUCCAGCCGCAGAUUGGAGUUCCGGAACUGCGACUAUGACGUCGAGAGGAAAUAAUAAUGGACCAAUGAGCACUAGGCAAGGUUGGUCAGAUUCCAAACCUGACGAUUCGGAUGAUGGGCCGCCCCCUGACCAAGAUAAAAAGUGAGAAUAAUGACAAAAGUGACUCAACUUCUAGACGAAUGUUAUCAAAAAUGUGGUGCAAGUUUUUCUUUUUAUAAUUUUGUGAAAAAUUGUGAUCCGAUUAUAAUUUAACAAAUGUGUUAUGAAGACAGAUAUUUAUAAUUUUCUUAAAUAUAAAUUUUAAAUUUUCGAGUAUUCGUUUUUGAAAUAAUACGGAAUCGCAAAUGGGUUAAAAAGUUGGUUUCCGCAAUUUUCAUGGUGGGAUGACAUAAAACUGCCAAUUCCAGUCUGCAAAAUAUUAUUAUUAUAAACUAUUAUUAUUAUUUGUCAUGCGGAAAGAUAUUACAUAUUACAUCAUUAUAUUUAUGCAUCAUUAUUACCUAAAUUUUCCGGAAUUGAAAGACUACGAUGAUUAAUGAAUGCGUACCUGCUCAUCAAUAAACAAACGAGUUAUCUAAGCAAUUUAACGAGGGAACUAAUGCAUACCUAAAUAUUAUGUAUCCAGAGACUUUAUCUCACUAGACUGGAAAUCUUGUAAAAAUAUGUAACCAAAAAUUCAUAGCCUAGAUUAGAAAUAUGUACCUAAUCUAAAUUACUAUUGUAUUGUAUUAUUUAAAGGUAAUUAAAAUAUGAGUGUAGUAUGUUUACUUCCCUUAUGAUAAUUAUGAUUGUUAUACCAUGAUUAAUUUUUCAUAAACUCAGAGAAAAAAUAUCGUUUUCCAUUGAUAUUGUUGUAUUUAUUUAUGAUUUCUUAUUUGAAAUUAUGAAGAUGAAAAUAGGACUAAUUUAUAAUUUAUCCAGACGGUAUGUAGAGAGACAAUAAAAUAGUGUCGAAA